CCGAAUACUCCGAAAGGGACUGUCGUGUGAAGAAAAAACAAAAAAAAUCAUAAAAAGUCAAUUCUGUUAAAUUUUGUCCAGUAAACGCCUAUUAAAUGUGCAAAAUCGCAAAAAAAAUGUAAUGGUCUAUCGUAAUCAUUGAAUGAAAUGUGCAUAAAUCACAGUGUGAUCAAAUGAAUGUGUAAAUUAACUUGGUAGAAUUGUGAAACACAGCACAUAUAUCGGGUGCAAAGUGAUUUUCCUUUGGUUUUUUUUUUGUCGUGUACCCAUCUAUAUAUCAGAAGAGCAGAGUUGCUGCUGUUGGAGUAUUCAAUCGCCAUUUUGAAGGGCUCAUCUCAUCCUUCAAAAUUGUCGCCAAGAAGAAUGCCUUAGCAAAAUAUCGAAAUACAGCGACGACGAUUACCUAAACACAGCGAACGCCAAUCAUCCGAUACACCGACGCGGAAUUAGUUCCGCUUAUAUCCUUGUAAGUUUGGUCGAUAAAUCUCGUCAAAAUUGCCAACUUCAACAAAAUGCCGUCGAUACGACCGGGCAGUCUGAAAGAUCCGGAAAUUGCGGAUCUGUUCAACAAACAUGAUCCGGAGAAAAUAUUCGAUGAUUUGCGUGAAAUCGGUCACGGUUCGUUCGGUGCCGUUUACUAUGCGCGAUGCAAUCUCACCAAAGAAAUUGUGGCCAUUAAGAAGAUGUCGUACAUGGGCAAACAGAGUCUGGAAAAGUGGCAGGACAUUUUGAAAGAAAUUCGUUUCCUGCGGCAACUGCAGCACCCGAACACGAUCGAGUACAAGGGAUGCUAUUUGAAAGACAGUACCGCAUGGCUGGUAAUGGAAUACUGUGUUGGAUCCGCUUCGGAUAUCAUCGAAGUGCAUAAGAAGCCGUUACGCGAAGAGGAAAUAGCUGCCAUUUGUGAUGGAGUGCUACAUGGACUGAGCUAUUUGCAUAGUUUGGGUAGGAUUCAUCGUGAUAUUAAGGCUGGUAAUAUAUUGCUGACGGAGCAGGGCGUUGUCAAGUUGGCAGAUUUUGGUAGUGCAGCUAUUAAAUGUCCAGCAAAUAGUUUUGUUGGAACGCCCUACUGGAUGGCACCGGAAGUAAUUUUGGCUAUGGACGAAGGCCAGUAUGAUGGAAAGGUGGACGUCUGGUCGCUAGGAAUUACGUGUAUAGAAUUGGCAGAACGAAAACCGCCAUAUUUCAACAUGAACGCAAUGUCUGCCUUAUAUCACAUUGCCCAGAACGAUGCACCAUCGUUACAGUCGCAAGAAUGGUCAGACAUAUUUCGUAAUUUUGUUGAAGCCUGCCUAAAGAAGUCACCAAACGAUCGACCGAACUCAACCCGUUUGUUGUCGCACCACCUGGUCACACGGCAACGUUCGUCAAAUGUACUAAUUGAAUUGAUCGCACGUACAAAAGCUGCCGUACGAGAUUUGGACAACAUCAACUAUCGCAAAAUGAAAAAGAUUUUGAUGGUAGACUCAUGUGAAGUGGAGAGUACUGUCGGCGAUUCCGAAGACACAAUGGAUGAACAUGCUGGAGGAGAUAGCAGCAAGAGCAAUAGUAUUAACUCUGAACAUUCGUUGCAUUCCGUUGGCAUAUCGGCUGCGAGUAGUCAGAGUUCAUCGAGCAACUCAAUACCACCGGGAAUUAAUCAGCAACAUCAAGGCGUCAUCGCACGCAACUCAUCACGACAUCGAAAUCCAGUCCUGCCACCGCCCGGUAUGCAUCUGAACAAUCACUCUGUACCAAAUUCAUCAAACCAAAUGCAAUCCACCUCCCAUUACCAUCACAAUCAUUCGAAUGUUUCCCAACAAGCGAUGGCGAAUGCUGUGUCCGAACAUGGUGCCAAUAAUUUCGCAACAAUUCGCACGACCAGCAUUGUUACGAAACAGCAGAAGGAGCACAUGCAAGAGGAAAUGCACGAACAAAUGUCCGGCUACAAGCGGAUGCGACGGGAACAUCAAGCGUCACUGAUCAAAUUGGAGGAGCGAUGCAAAGGCGAAAUGGAAAACCAUAAAACGGCACUGGACAAGGAGUACGAUUUGCUGUUACACAAUUUCACCAGGGAAUUGGAACGGCUGUCCGUGAAGCAUCAGCAGGAGAUCGAACGGCGAAUGAAGACGAACAACAACAAUGAGAAGAAAUUGUUCAAGGAGAUUUCGUUGAAGCAAGACCUGGACCGAAAGGCGUUCGAGGCGAGGCGUAAAAAGGAAUACAAAGCGAAUAAAGACCGAUGGAAACGGGAAUUGUCUAUGGACGAGAAUACACCAAAACGUGAACGGGAUGCGACGCUGCAGUCGCAAAAGGAACAUUUAAAAGCGGCUGAACAAGAGGAAGAACAACGAUUGCUGAGGAAUCAAAAGAACUACAUUGAAGUGGAGAUGAGGAAGUUCAAGAAGAGGAAAAUGCUGACGUUACAUGAUAUGGAGAAUCAACUGUUACGCGAUGAAUUGAGUAAGAAACAACAGCAACUGGAAAACGCUCACAGCAUGCUGCUCAAGCACCACGAAAAGACUCAAGAACUCGAAUACAAACAGCAGAAAAGUGUUCACAAUUUGCGCGAAGAGCAGAUAACGAAACAACAUUCGACCGAGCUCUUAAAUCAAAAGGAGUACAUGGAUCGAUCGGAGAAGGAAUUGCUGCGAAAGCAUGCGUUAGAAUUAAAACAGCAACCAAAAAGUUUAAAGCAAAAAGAACUGCAAAUCCGAAAGCAAUUUCGUGAGACGUGUGAAACCCAGACGAGACAGUACAAGGCGCUAAAGUCGCAACUAUUGCAGAAUACGCCUAAGGAGGAACGAAAAGCUGUGAUACAGAAGCUGAAAGAAGAGAAAGUGAGGAAAUUGACUUUAUUGGGUGAUCAGUACGAACAAAGUAUCGCGGAUAUGUUGCAAAAGCAGAGUCUACACCUAGAUGAAAGCCAGGAAUUCGAAUGCCAGAAAUUGAAAAAUCGUCUCCAAUACGAAAUGGACGUUUUGAUGGCGUACCAGAAGAAGAACCGAAUGCAAUCGCAGACUCAGCGUGAACGCGAACGGAAAGAGCUCGAAGAGCGUGUCAGUGUGCGCCGUGCAUUGCUGGAGAGUAAGAUGGAAGCCGAAUUCCAACAGUUCGAUAGUGAGCGAGCGGAACGUGUUCGUAUCCUUCACGACAAACAUACGGCCGAAAUUGAAGCCUUCGAUGAGGAGUCGAUUCGAAAGGGUUUCAGCGCAUUGGCGUUAGCUGAAGCAUCCAGAGAAACGUAUCCGGAUGAAGAGGGCAGUUUAUCCGGUUCAAUGAUUAGCCUGGCGCAUAGUAAUAGCUCAACGAGUUUUCCGGCCGGUUCGCUAUAGCAUCAAAACUACUGGGUAGAAACCGUAGCGAGUCGUCGUUCAAUGUGAGUGAGUGGGGGAGAAUUAUGUGAACAAUUUGCCAGUUGAGUUUAGUGCAUUGUGGGACGCUAAAUCUAAGACGCAGUUAGAUCAAAUCGAGACGGGACAGUUGAAAGGUGAAAGAGUUGUUUGUUUCGGUGAUUUUUUUUUCUUUUCUUUUUUAUUUAUUUUGUACGCGCGAUGUGAGACAGCAGAACGAAAGAAUUUUUUUUUUUAGAGGACAGAUGGAUUAAGUGGGCCGCGAUCAGUAGUGUCUCUUGUUCCGGUUGAUUUAUUUUUUUAGAUUUUUUUUUAUUUUACGUAUAUUCGAAUGGUGGAUGUGCAAAAGGAUAUUUUUUUGUUGUUUUUUAAAUUCGAUAAACAAAUUUGUCUAUGAUGAUGCACCUGUAUCAUGUGCAUUGUAUACUAAUCAGAUUAAGAUAAAAAGUGUGCUGACAAAGUUACCAAUGGAUAUAAAGAACUAAUCUUAAAAUUCUCAAAA